AACAAUUCUGUUAGCUGUUUCUUUCCUCGCAUAGUGGUGGUGGCUGAUGUGCACGAUCCGGUUAACAGCCUCAAGCGCGGCUACAGCACAUAACCAGCAAACAACUGGGAGAGCGGUGCGGUUCUGCACCUAAUCGGAAAGCUGGCGUGUCGUGGGCAAAUCCCGUAUGGAGGAUACUAUCCCCGGACUGCCGAUCUCCUGACAAUAGGAGCUGUCGCUACUGAUGUACUGCGAGACAGUUUACGGAGUUCCGGAGUAUAAUUGUUUUGGCGGAUAAAUAAAGGCACCGGUACAGUUAUUUCUGCGGUACUACAGGACAGGCCAGUCCAAGUUUUUAGUAAGAUCGCGGAGUUGAAAGGCGCACCUCGUAACUUUAAAUUCCGCAUUCUCUGUGGAUUUCUGAAUACUGGUCGUGCCGCUGAAAUUCGGCAUUUGAGCAUUUGACGCCAAAGAAAAACGAAGUAGCGUUAAUACGACAGACACUACACAGCAUUUAUAAAAUAUUGUGCAAACAAUCAUGUAGUUUCUAUGUGGACACGGAACGCUUACGGUGUUAGGCGGUACGUUGAAAGAAGCCGGGCGCUCAUUGCUGACUGCACAGUUUCUUAAAGGGGGAUAACUGAGAAACAGGACCAAACAGUGGACAUGGUUUUCUCGUCUUCUUUAGUAGUCCAUCUCAACUGUUUUUCUAUAUAAAACGGCACUCUGAAGGUCUGAGGAGUGAUUGACCUGCGCUGGAAUUUUAAUCUCUUGGAAAACGAUAACAACGUAAUAAUAAUAAAAAUAAUCUCUGCAAAAAAUAAAUACAACUUUAAAUGACAGUGUGGGGAUCACCAGCUCUAAAAUAAUGAACCCGGCCGGAAUAUAAAACAUUCAACCUGGACUAACGUUUGUGAUUCCACAUCUUUUGAUAUACAAGUAUAAAAUGAAAUAAAACAUAAUUUGUAAAUGUUCUAACGCUUGAAGGGAUAAAAAAGUUGUUUGUUUUUUCAUCCAUACAUGCCUUUGUGAAGUAAACACCAAGAAAGUUUGCGACUUAAGGAAGAGGAAAAGGGGAAGCGCCACAAAAAUGUAUUUCAUCAGUCUACUACAGAUUUUUACCCUCUGGAUGACCUUCAUCUCCAGAGUGGCAGCGGACAUUGCCUGCGAUGCCCUGUUCCUGCUGUCAGGAAAUAUUUCAGUGCAUUCUUUGGUUUCAUGGAAUCAGACAACAAACAAUAUAACAGGAUUGUUCUGCAACACAUCAAUAGAUGGAAUAGGCACCUGCUGGCCCAAGAGCAGCGCUGGAGAGAUGGUGUCACGGCCUUGUCCAGAGUUCUUCUACGGCGUCAGAUACAACACCACUAAUAACGUGUACAGAGAAUGCCUCUCCAAUGGGACCUGGGCAAUGAAGGGAAACUACUCUCAAUGCCAGGCUAUUCUUAAUGAAGAGAAAAAGAGCAAGUUGCAUUACCACAUAGCUGUGAUCAUCAAUUACCUGGGUCACUGCAUCUCCUUGGGUGCUCUCCUUGUGGCUUUCAUCCUCUUCAUGCGCCUGAGGAGCAUCCGAUGCCUAAGGAACAUUAUUCACUGGAACCUGAUUACCGCCUUCAUCCUGCGAAAUGCCACAUGGUUUGUGGUCCAGCUGACCAUGAACCCAGAAGUGCACCAGAGCAAUGUGAUUUGGUGUCGCCUGGUCACAGCUGCAUAUAAUUAUUUCCAUGUCACAAACUUCUUCUGGAUGUUUGGCGAGGGCUGCUACCUGCACACAGCCAUUGUCCUCACGUACUCCACAGACAAGCUAAGGAAGUGGAUGUUCAUCUGCAUCGGCUGGUGCAUUCCGUUCCCGAUCAUUGUUGCUUGGGCACUUGGUAAGCUGUACAACGACAAUGAAAAAUGCUGGUUUGGGAAGCGGGCAGGCGUGUACACAGACUACAUCUACCAGGGCCCGAUGAUUCUAGUUCUGCUGAUCAAUUUCAUUUUUCUGUUUAACAUUGUCCGGAUUCUCAUGACUAAGCUCAGAGCGUCCACCACGUCAGAAACCAUACAGUACAGAAAAGCUGUGAAAGCUACUCUGGUCCUGCUCCCUCUGCUUGGAAUCACAUACAUGUUGUUCUUCGUCAACCCUGGAGAAGAUGAAAUAUCACAGAUUGUAUUUAUAUAUUUCAACUCAUUUUUGGAGUCAUUUCAAGGCUUCUUUGUCUCAGUGUUUUAUUGCUUCUUGAAUAGCGAGGUACGUUCGGCGGUGAGGAAACGGUGGCACCGGUGGCAGGACAAGCACUCCAUCCGUGCCAGAGUGGCGAGGGCCAUGUCUAUCCCCACCUCCCCCACCCGGGUCAGCUUCCACAGCAUCAAGCAGUCGACAGGGGUCUGAUGACGGAGUGGCCCAGUCGCUCGCCAGGGAACGUGCAUGCUGCUCGCUACAGGGUACAGGCAGAGCUCAAGUGCGGGGACAGGAACACCAGUGCAGGAAACCCUGCUGCACCAAUCUGUAGAAAAAGUAUCAAGAAAUAAAGCUAAGAUCAAGAAAAAAAAUAAACCCCAAAUACAACUGUUCAUAUAAUGUCCUUAGAAAUGACCUCCUUACCUUUUACAGUUCCCUGAUGGUGAAUAUACAAGUCAUUACCAAACAUAACAUAAGAAAAGAAAUCAGGUUACUACGAAUGAAAAGGUUCCUGCCAUAUAGGAAACAGAUGAGCCCAAUGUAUGCCAGCAUUUCCUAAUAGGCAGCCAAAUUGAGGCCUAAACUGGAUACGUGUUUUAUUCGUGAAAACAUUACUUCUGUAUUUUACUCAUAGUGGAUGAGAUUAUGUUUGUGUUUAUCUUCAAAGCCACACUGAAUCUGUAAAUGCGAGUUGUUGGUCAGAAGGACAACUGUGGCUGAUCACAAGUGUCUUGCUCAGGUUUCUCUCCACAAUCCGUCGAUCAGCCGCACAGAAAACGGUCACCCUCCAUUUCGAUGGACUGCAUCACUCAUCGCCAUGCAUUCCACUACCAUGGUAAUCCAUGGCGCCUUUGCUGUAUAACUAACAUCCAGUGGGACACAUGAAAUCUGGAGAUAUUUGCACCAUAUAAAUCUGAUGCCACCAAGCCUUUUUUCAGCGUGGUAUUAUGGCUUCUAGAUAAUUUUCAGAUCAAACAUGAUAAAUGAUCUUUUACCUUGCACACCAUGUAGGCAGAACAUAUGCAUAAUUCUUAGAAACCUGAUGCAUUUCUUACCAAGAAAUAAUUGAAGAAAAACUAUUUGGUUUAAUUACCCAUAAAUACACACAUUCUUUUUAUUAUUAAAUAAAAUGUUCCCAGUGGCUUAAUAAAUGCAUAUUUUAGAAGAUUCUAUAUGAUCAUCAAAAUAUGCUCCAAACAGAGGCAGUGUUUGAAUAGUAAAUCACACAUUUUGAUGUGCAUAUAUAUUCCCAGGCAAAUACCAUUACAGAUGAAGGAAAUCAGAUGGAUCACUUUCCAGACAAGUGGGAUGUACAAUUACACAAUGUGUAGAUGCAUUUGUUUCACUGUUGUGAUGCAACUCUUUCUAAAAUGGCUAAGAACUUACAAAGUUGUUCUUAUCUGCUGUGCAAUUGAUGUAAUUGGACUGAAAACAGGAACACAUGCAUACAUUGGUGAUCUUACUGUGGAGAAAUGAUGAAAAAUCAAUAUUGGUGUCAUGAGCUUUCCUGUUGGGGUGGAUCUGGUCAUUAUAUAACCAAAAUGUGACUUAUUUGUUAACGUGAUGUCCAAAGAUAACACUGGUAUAGUGUCAGAUACAGUUUUUGGAUUUGUAGUGUAGUGGCACAAAAAAAGUAUACAAUACAUAUUGUAAACAUUUUGUUUUCUAUUUUUCUAUUGUUCCGGUGAGAUAAAGAGUUGUCAAAUUACUGUUCAGUUUGCAUAUAUGUAUAUAUAUAUAUCAAUACUCACUGUCGCUGAAAUUAAAAAAUAACUGAGUAGUUGCUUCUAAAGAAAGGAGUGAGCACCGAUUCUCACUGAACACGGGAAAAAAAGAAGGAAAUCUUCAUAUCCAGCUAACACAACUCAACACAACAAUUAAAAAUUGUUAGUUUUUUCGUGAUCUUCUGCAUUAUUGUUGAUGAAGCUGAUCAGUGACAACUAUGUUCAGUACCAUGAUGUCAGGUGUUUGCUUUCGUAUUAUCAGCAAAUUUCAGCAUUAGCCUGCAGGUAAUCCAAAAUCUCCUGACAUCCAUUAAUUUCUCUUGCCUUUCCAGAAUGCCCACAGCCUUAUUACAUUGCCACAACAUGACACAUGCCUGGAAAUUUAUGGCUGUAAAUGUGAAGCUUCGAGAUAAAGGGGGAAGAGUAUUAAAACUUCAUAUUUAAUGGCCCUUGUGUCCUUGGAAUAAGAUCACCAGUUUUGUAAGAACAUUCCAUCAAUUUGUUGAUUGACUGUUAAUGGCUGAUAAUGACUAGUCAUUUCUUAUAUUCUUUGCCUCCAAGUCCUGGUACUUGGUACUUUUGCAUGACCUUCAAAAUUUUAAUUAAGAGGUAUGUUUCCUUUUUCCCAUAUACAUGAGGCAGCCGCCAGAAAAUAAGCUGGGCCAGUUAUUUACUGGAUUGAUUCAGGUUCACAUUUCAAAUUGAUUACACUCAUGCCAUAGAAGAUCAUCAGUUGAGUUGGUUGUAACUAAUUCCUCCAGUGCUAUAAUGAGCCUUUCAAUUACCUGGAGAGUGCAGUAUGUGAAGAACAAAAUACACUGUUACAGUAAGGACCUUCUACAAUGAUUCCAUUUAAGCAAACCCACGUGUUGCAUGUGUGCAUCAGUAUUGUUAUGUAGUAAUAAUAAUGAUAACAUUUGAUUGAUCCCAUGGGGAAAUUAUCUGUUCAUCUACCACAUCUUGCUCUCCAUGAUACAUAUGUAGGCUGGGAAGCCACCUGUAGCAGCACCCAUGACCCUGGGGUUUAAGAGCAUCGCUCAAGUGUCCAUAGAUGUGGCUAUUCUGCUGAAGCUGGACUCAGUCCAGCAACCUGCCAGUCAUAGGUACAGACGCUUAACCCACUGAGCCAUAUGUGAUAUAUCAUCGGGAAUAACUGUGAAUCCAUAGGAAAUUCUCUUCUUGAGUUAUAAAAUUAAAUUUUCCAAAGACUAUUAAAAAAAAAAAAAAAAAAGUAUAAUUAAACAAUCUUGUUUGCAGCAGCACCUGAUGUGUAAAGUUGUAAAUGUGCAAUUUGUACAUUUUAAAUUCACAACACAUAACUUGCCCUUUGUCUAGUGGUGUUUGUCAGUUUUUUUAAAAUAUGUUGUGAUGGUUGUCAUAAGAACACACUUCCGAAGGGAUUGUUGUGUGCCUGUUAGUUUCACUGUUAGGCAUCACCUUAGCGUCACGUUUUCUUCAAAAACAUCAUCAUUCAGUUUUAAAAACAGCAUAUCCAUCAUCACCUGAUGUAGUGAUUUCAGCUUAUUGUUUUUCUAGAGUAUGUGUCCUUUGUGAAUAUGUAAUAUAAAAAAUGUUUGUAUUUAAAUGGUUGCCACACAUAGUAAUUUUGUAUUUAUCAUGUAUUUAAAAGUGAAAUUUUACUGAGAAAACACAGGGUCGGUUUUUAUUACAGAAAUACAAAAAGGAAAAUAUAUUUAAUUAAGAAAUUCCAGAAUGUGUCCUUAUAAAGGAUAUUUUAUAGUGAUUAAGAAUCAAAAAAGAUUAUACUCACUCCUGUUGUAGUCUUUAUGUGUAAAUCUAAGUUUGUGUUAGUGUGUAAUCUUUAAUUUCUCUUAAUCAUUACAAACUAUUCUAUAUUCCACUUGCAAUGGAUAAUCAUUAAUCUUUUAUGUUAAUAUAUGUAUUUAUUAAAAUUCCACAAUUUGUUCCUUUUGUU